AUGUCCAAAAAUAUAAAUAUUAUUCUAUUCGGUCAAACUGGUAGUGGUAAAUCAACUCUUGGAAAUGUAAUAUUAAAUAAAAUGAUUUUCAAAGAGAAUCCUUAUGGAACAAGUGAGACUAAAGUCCAUCAAAUUGGUACAUGUGUAGAGAGUGAUAUGACAAUCAAGGUGAUUGAUACAAUUGGACUUGAUGAUACCAAUUUAUCAAUUAAAGAGGUUUUAAGAUUUUUGGCAAAUGCAGCAUUGGAAUUGAUGGGUGGAAUCAAUAUUGUAAUAUUUAUAGUUAAAGAUAGAAUGACAAUACCUAUAAUGGACCAAUUCAAAAUAAUCUAUAGUUUCCUUUUCAAAAAAGAAAUAUUAGCCUAUACCACAAUUGUCAGAACUAGAUUUGAAAGUUUCCAAGACUCCCAUGAAAGAUCCAAUGAUAUCAGAGCUAUAAAAUCAAUUGAUACCGAUGGACUGACUAAAUAUUAUUCUAUUCUACAUGUUGACAAUGCAUCUGUUAGAAUUGAUCCAGCUCAAAUUGGAAGAAGAAUAAUGUCAAGAGGUGAUUCUUAUAUGAUGGAGGAAGAAAGAUUAGAGAAGGAAAGAUUGGCGGCUUUUGAGUUGGGAAAGGGAAGAGAACAAGAGAUAUUGGAACAAGAAGAGAGAAAUAGAAUUGAAAGAAAAAGAUUGGAAGCUGCCAGAUUGGAACAAGAAAGAAUGGCUAGAGAGUUAAAGUUAAAACAAGAUCAACUUGCUAUACUUAAUAAAGAUGUUACAAUUAACUGUAAAAAUUGUAAUAGAACAAUGAUAAGAGGACAAGGAUCAAAUCUCAACAUCAAUUGUGGAAUAUCAAAUACCCAUCUAAGUUGUUGCUGUGGUCAUAUAAGAGUAUUCUCGGAUCAAGAUAGGAAUUUAGUUAGAUCAUGGAUUUCAAUUAGUUAA